GAAUUCGUAUAUAUAAGCAGGUAAACCUUUGCCACAUUGUUAUAUCAUACAUCUUUCCCUAUCAACAGGUGACAUGAAUACGAGUUCAGUUAUACUUUUCGUCGCUUUCGUGGCUCUAUCCUGGAGCUGCGGGGAAGCCCAGAAUCCGAAUUGUUUUAAUUGUUCGAACCAGUUCAUACCUGUUUGUGCCCGUGAGUCGUCAAGAGGCACUCAAAGACAAUUCAGAAAUCUUUGUUAUAUGAACCAAUACAACUGUUUAAUAGGAACAAACUACACAUUCGUCAGAUUUGGUCGUUGUCUAGCUUCUGACGGUUCUGAAAUACCGGACAACUCUAACGAAACAGCACCUUUAAAACAAGCCAACGAAUGUGCCACUUGUUCGGGCAAAUUCAAACUUCUUUGUGGUCAUGAUGAGACAGGCAAUAGUAGAACAUUUUCAAAUGCGUGUGCAUUGAAACGACACAAUUGUCUGACUGGAGACGACUACAAAUUCGCCGGAUAUGGCCGUUGUCUAGGUACUAAAUCCAUGAGCCAUGGCGAAACAGAAUCCUUAGACCAAGUCAAGGCAUGUUCGACUUGUUCGCGUAACUUCAAACCUCUUUGUGGUCAUGAUGAAAAAGGCAAUAGAAGAACAUUUUUAAGUGCGUGUGCAUUGAACCGACACAAUUGUUUGACUGGAGACGAUUACAAAAUCCUCAAGAAAGGCUCCUGUUAUUCAGAAUUAGACAAACACCUACUUGCCGAAAUGAAUUAGGGAAAUCCGAAGAACUAUUUUAAUUAUGAUUGCAACAUACUUGGAACAAUAUACAG